UAUUGAAUAAGAAACAGGAUCUGGUCUUGUGAGCCCGUCUGCGAAACUUUCUCAUAUUUCCUUAUUUUCGCCGUCUUUUUAGGGGAAUAUUUCUUCCUUGUAGCAUUAAAAACCCUGCUUGCUGGGAGCAAUGGAUCCUUUAGCAGCUGCUGGAAUAGCUGUCGCGUCGACAAUUUGUAUUUCUGUUAUUCUAAUUGGAUUUUUCUUGUUCCGUGAAGAGAAGUUUGAGGACCACGUCGCUCAGCAAACUGAACAAGAAGCUGCUAUUUUCAGUCGCUCGACGUCUGGCAAGGCCACGAAGGGUAAGAAAAAACCUGUGAAUAGAAAAAAGAAGCAUUCAGAAACUGAAGGAGAGGCGCAUCAAAGUGGCCAUGAUUCAACUCGAAACGCUGAAGUCGGGAAACCACCAGGAGACGAGUCAACUGAAGACAGCAGAACGGAAGAAGGAGGUGAAAAACCGAAGUCCAUACUCAAAGAAAAGACAAAAAAAGCAAAAAAGCAAGCUUUAGCUAAAGCAGAAGCUCUAGCUGCUAAGGAAAGGCAUACUCGCUUUGAAGACGAGCCUCGAGCAGUAGCCGAAGAGACAGUGUUAGUGGAAGAAUCUGUUAAGGUUGAAGCCGCUUUACCAGAGCUGCAAACAGAACCUCCAAUUCAGCCAGUCGUAGAAGAAAAACCCCUACAAACCCAACAAGAAGCAGAACUAAAUGCCGAGCCUCAACCACCAAAGAAAACUAAAAACAAGAACAAGGGAAAUAAAGAAAAGCCCCAAACCUCUACCAUUACUGGUGAAGUAAAUGGGAAGAAUGUACUGAAUAUUGUGAAAACAGCAAACCUUAACUCCACUGAAGUGCAAGAUCUUAUUGAUAUUCUUCUUAACAAACAAGGAGAAAAUGAUCAAUGGAAGUCCACUUCAAAGAAUGACAUGACUGAGACAUUGAAGAAACAACUGCAAGAAAAAGAACAGCAGAUCUUGGAAGAAAAGCAACAGUCCACAAAUGCUGCCAACAAGUUGAAGGAGUUAAGAGAGGAGAUGCAGCAAGAACGACUGAAGCAGAAAGCUCAAUUCACUGCUUCAAACAACAAGAUCACAACCCAGACAAAAGAGCUGCAGGCAAUGCAGUCAAGAAUGAAAGCUACUCAUGACAGCCAUACCCAGGAAGUCCAGACAUUACAGGCACAGCUGCUGCACUUACAGGAAAUGGUCAACUCUUCAUCAAUGAACAAUCUACAGAGACUUCAGGAGGAAAAUGUACAGCUAAAGAAUGCUUCCAUGAGAGCCUCACAACUCACUGCUGACAAGGAGUCCCUAACUGCCGAGCUACAUAAACUCCAACAGAGUCAUCGUCAGGUCAAGACUGAUUUAAAUGCUAGAAUUCAUCAACUACAGCAGUUUGAGGCCCAGCGUCAAGUCUUUGAGAAACAGAUUCAUGACAGUAAGGUGCAACACGCGGCACAGCAAGAAGCUGAGAAGGUUAUUUCUAAGCGCCUUGGAGAAGUCACUGAGGAGCUUAAGAAAUCAGAGGCCAGAGAAGCCAAGGUCACUAAAGCUAUGGAGGAGCAAGAAAAGAAAUAUCAAUCCCUUAAGGAUCAGCUGAAUAAAAUAGAAAGUAGCAAGGCAAAUGAAACCGACUCCAUGAAUACUUUAACCAGUAAAUUGACCGAAGCGAACACUAGAGUGUCAGAACUGGAGAAGAUGUUCACCUCUGUGGAAUUCCAGCUAAAGGAAUCUCAGGAAACUCAAUCCCUCAAAGACAAGGAAAUCCAGGAGCUUCAGAAUCAACUUAAAGUUGCCCAAGAGAAGCCUGUAGAAAAUAGUGCACCAUUAUCAAAUCAUGUUGAUAAGGAGGAUACAGUGAAAACUCCUACAGUAUCCAUGGAUACUCACAAUGAAUUACUUCAAGAAAAGGAUUCUCAAAUUUCAAAAUUGAAUGAGGAACUCAACUCUAGAAAAGAAGAGAUUGAGAAAAUGAAAGAAUCUAUUGAACAGGAAAAGAAGAAAAAUAAUGAACUGCGUGUAAAGAACUGGAAGGCCAUGGAGGCCUUAUCAGCAACAGAACAAUCUGUAAAAACACAAAUAACCAAAGCUGUUGAGGCAGCCAAGGCUGAAGCAUUGACGGAGGCAAAUAAGAAAGGAGAACCAAUCAAAAGAAUCUUGACAGUGAGAGAACAAACAUACAGAAUAUCCUGACUGGUCUUUACCCAGACAUCCAAAUAGAAUCAUCACUGUCUUUUGAGAAGUGGUUGGAAGAAUUCCAGAAGAGGGCAGCCGAGGUGAAACCAGCUGUUGUAGAGAAUGGAGACAUUUCAAUUGAGCUAGAAGAAUCCAGGAGAGAAAUGGAAAAUUUGAAAGCAGAAUGUAGUCACUAUAAAAAUGGACUAGAGGAUACUGAAUCGAUGCUUAGAAAACUAGAAAGUCACAUUGAAACUGAAAUCGGGAGCUGGGAAAAGAAACUAGAAGUAGCGCAGCAAGAAGUAACAACAGCAAAUGUAAGAGUAUCAAGUCUAGAGAAAGAUCUCACAGAAGCAAAGUCUUCAUCCAAGUCUCAUCUAGACAAAAUCAAUUCCUUAGAAAAAGAAAUUUCACAGGCUAAAAAGAGAGAUUCAGAUGCCAAAACAAAGAUCUCUUCUCUUGAAAAGGAGCUCUUGAAUUCCAAAAGUCAAUUAGAAAAAAUUAGUCAAUUAGAAAAAGAACUCACUAAAUACAAAGAAAAUGAAUCUAAGCUAGGCGAAACCAUGAAAUCAGUAGAAUCUGCACAAGAAGAGUUGAACAGGACAGUUCAAGAGCUGAGUGAGGUCAAAGGGCAGUUAACGACACGUGAAAGUGAGGUCAAGUCAUUACGAGAAGAAAUGAAAAGAAAUCAAGAAGGCUGUGAAGAUCUGAAGAAAAAGAUUGCAUCGCUAGAAGAAGCUUUGUCCAAGGCAAACGAAGUUGGACGAUCUCAGGAAUCACUAAACAGCGAAAACAACUUAUCCAGUAGCCCUGACAAGAAAAAGAAAGGCAUCAAAGGGGCUUUUAGCAAACUUGCCGGUGGUUCAAAGAAAGAUAAGGAUAAGGAGAGCAAGAAUGUCGAGAAGGAAGAGACUCAAAAGCAACUAGCAGCAUACAAGGCUGAAAUAGAGGAAUUAAAAGCACAAGUUAAAAAGAUGAAAGAUACAGCGAUGACAAGGUCUCAGCAGAUUGAAAAAGAUGUUGCUGAAGCCAUCGCAGACACUGCAAAUAGCCCUGUCAAGUCCAACUCUGCUAUUAAACAUUAACACACAACAUAAACCACUACACCAGCUGCAAAAGACGCAGCAGAAAACAUAGUGUCGUCCGUCUAAAGCAAAGAAAUGUUGGAAUGUUUAAUGUUAUUUUAAAUUCACACAAUGAUAAAAAUAUUAUAUAAGGUACACAGAUAUGAAUAGAUUAAAAUGAUGAUAUAUUAAGGUGUGACGGGGGAAGAAUACAGAUCAAUACCAGAUAUAGACAGAUGCCAGCACAAUCAGUUAGUAUACACACAUGUUCUUUAUACAAGGGAGUGGCUCGUGUACCUGCUUCAAAAAGGUUGCUUUGAUAACACUGAGGAAAAUGCUUGUUCGUAUACCUCGUAAUGGAGGGCUAGUAGUGGUGCACCACUGGGGAGGGGUGAGCAAUAGGUUGUCUACCUACACCAGAGGGGUGAGCAGUGGAUGUUUCAACACUGAGGAGGGGUGAGUGAGUAUUAGAAUGUCUGCCUACACUGAGGGGCGAGCAGUGGAUGUUUCACCAUAGGGGGAGGGGUUGUGCAGUUUUUCUUGUGAGAAGAAGUGUGCUAGUAAUUUUGUCAGAGCCUAAGGGUUCUCGAGAUAAAUUAUAAUUUUUAAUCUAACUUUACUUUUAUGGAGACAACCUUUUUGAAACAAAAACAUGCAAACACAUGCAACUUUUUGACCACGCCCUACCCCAGCUCUUAUUCAAGACUGAAUAAUCCAGGGGUUGAAAAAGAAUUUAUAUUGCUCUUCAGUUAGUCGUAAUUUAGUUCAUGUUAUUUAAUAUUAACGCAUAGAACGUCACCGGUCUUUACUAGUAAUACUUGAUUCGAGUUUUUUAACUCGUAAAAAUACAGUUUGUUUUUCAAAUCCAAAAAUUUUAUCUAAGUUUGAAGUUUUAUUUCAAACAAAUCUCUUAUAUACCACGUUAAACUGCAUGAAAUUCACCCAGUAGUACUAUAUCUGUUGUAUGGUUCUACUUUCUAGUUGUCUAAAUAAAAAUGUGAUACCAAC